GAGGCGACCCCUGUGAGGCUCUUCUUUUGGCGGGCUGCUUGGUUCUACAAAGUAGCCACUUGUCGACUUUGUUACCCCCUGGGAGGUCCCGAGCCGUGGCUCAGUGCAGCCGGUGCUACAGAAAUGGAAAGGGGGAAAGUCAGACUUCUAAGUAUCCAUAGUUACUGAACAUCAACUAGGUGAAGGCUACAAAUUUGAGUUGUCGAAGUAGAAAAACUGGCAUGAUAUCAUUGAAAGCAGUUCCUUGGGUUGAGAAUGUGGGAGAUGAGUGAAGAAUUUUCUCGACAUAUUUGAUAUAGAACUGUCUGAUGGUGCCCCCUUUCUCCAGGCCUAUAGUACCCUGAGGCAUUUUGGCAAAUUAAGACUUCCUGCAGAUGGAGGAACUGGAGCAGGGUCUGUUGAUGCAACCAUGGGCGUUGCUACAGCUUCCUGAGAAUUCCCUCUUGGCCAAGACUUAUAUCACCAAGCAGGGCUAUGCCUUGCUGAUUUCAGAUCUUCAAGAAGUGUGGCAUGAACAGGUGGACACUAGUGUAGUCAGCCAGCGAGGCAAGGAGCUGAACAAGCGCCUGACUGCUCCCCCUGAGGCUUUUCUCUGUCAUUUGGGUGAUCUGCUUUGCCCAUUGCUGAAGGGCAUUGCUUGCCCUGGCAAAGCUACCUUCUCCUGUGAUCGUGAGGCAGAAACACUGAUACUACGGGUGCGGAGCGAGCUCUCUGGUCUCCCCUUCUAUUGGAAUUUCCACUGCAUCCUGGCCAGUCCUUCCCUGGUCUCCCAACAUUUGAUUCGUCCUCUGAUGGGCAUGAGUCUGGCAUUGCAGUGCCAAGUGCGGGAGCUAGCAACCUUGCUUCACAUGAAGGAUUUAGAGAUCCAGGACUACCAGGAGAAUGGGGCUACGUUGAGCCGAGAUCGGUUGAAGACAGAGCCAUUUGAAGAAAAUUCCUUCUUGGAACUAUUUAUGGUAGAGAAACUUCCAGAGGCAUGCAGUGUUGGUGAAGGAAGACCCUUUGUCACAAAUCUACAGAAUCUCUAUAUGGCAGUUACCAGACAGGAGGUCCAAGUGAGGCAGAAGCAUCAAGGCACUGAUCCUCAGACCUCAAGUAGUACCUCCAUGCAAGGAACCGAUGGCCAGCUUCUGAACCAGCCAGAAGAGCCUGUUUCCUCAGCACCACCCCUCCCGGUGCCUGAGCCCACAGAUACUUCAGGCUCUGUGCAGAGACCUCAGCUGUCAAAGGUCAAGAGGAAGAAACUAAGGGGACUCUUCGGUUAACUUGUCACUGUCUCAACUGCUGAGGAUGGACAUGGACAAUAGUUUCCUAAUGCCACCUUGAAAGGCGCUCCAGUGAUAGCGCUGUCUCUGACGCAGUUAUACAGUCAGAGGCAAGAUCGCUGAAGUUCACGUUGACAGGCCACUGGAAUGGGUACUCUUAACCGAGGGAUUCUGGCCCCAGCCCAUCGGGCAUUGGCCUUCCCUAUCCAAGUGGAAGCUAGUCUCCGGGAAUCACAUACCCUCCUCCUUUUUAGUGGAGGUUUUCUAGACCUAAGACGCUACCGUGGACUUUAGGGGAUGGGGCAAGUCAGUAAAAGGGCACAACAUGCUUAGGAAACCUUGUCUACCGUUCUCAAGAGUCCUUACUAGUCCCAGGUGCUCCUCAGAGACCUACUUCUCUCUUUAGCAUGGAAUAAAAAACACUCACACUCCCCUG